AUGGCGGACACCAUGAAACCAAUCGUUCCAUCAACACCUUCCCCGGGACCGACCUCGAGAAUCCGGACACCCACAGCGCCUCAGCACGGCUACUCAGAUUCUUACGAACCAUACUCGCCCCGCAAAUCUAGCCGCAUCGCGCAACGGGCCACAAACAGAACACCUUCCCCGCAACCUCCGCGACAUCGCGCAUCCCAUCAAACCGAAGGCACAACGGCUUCACCCAAGUCAACUAAGAAGCGCUUUAUUUCCACCAUGGCGACACCCGCCAUUUCGCCGCAAAAGAAGCGCCUACCUCCCCUUGACUCAUCUCGCAGGGCUUCAGGCACUCUCACUGCUGAAGCGACUGCGCAUGCUGCAGUCGCACUGGGACUGUCGCCCGCGCCCACGCCCGCGCGCAAGCCAGAGUCACUUUCUACUCGCAGAGGCGCAGCAGCUAGUGCUGGAAUGCUCAUGACGCCGGCCAAGACGCCUCAAAGGCCGCCUAAUGAAAAGGUCAAGGCUAAAGUCAAGUCGGUCGCACGCAAUCUCUUCCACAGCGAUGAAGAGGAGGCGAUGCCGAGCCCGCGGAAGGUGCGCACACAGACCGACAACCCCGACAGCUUCUAUAGCGGCGAUGCUGCGGAGACGUCGUUCCAGAUCUUUACCGACUCCCACGAGCGCAUCCCCGAGGUCGACAACAGCGUCGACAAUCCCUUCUACGUCGGCCCGAACCCCGUAGCCCCCGAAGCGCCGAGACGUCGAAGCAAGCGCAACACUGUUUCCAUCCCCGGCGAAGGCAAGGUGCCGAUCGAUGAGGCUAUCCGUCGCGAGGACGGCAUGUUGAUUGUUUUCCGCGGCAAGAAGCAGUUCCGUAAAUUUACGGAAAUGGAUGAGCCAAGCAACCGCGAUGGUCUAGACGAGGGCGAAGGCGGUUUGGAGAGCGCGGUCGAGUCCCCGACGAAGAGGCACUUUACCCGUUCCUCGAUCAAGCCCCGUCUGCUCUUCCCUACGGCCGACUCGGACGAGUCAAAGGAGCUCGACGAGGACGAAGAAGCAGCAACCGACAUCGAAGACCACGUGUUGGCCGGCUUAGAGGCGGACAAGCCAGAGACCCCAGCAGACAUGAUCGACAAGACACCUGGUACUCCGGAAGCCCCGCGAUACGCGCCGGCGUCCCCCCCGACAACAGUGCGCACAACGCGUUUUAGCAACAAGAAGAGUGCAGAGCCCACCCCGAAGCCGAAGAAAGCCGCCAAGCGCAGCCCGUUCGACAGCUGGCCCCGGGUGAAAGGCGGCUCUCAUAGCGCCGGCCAGAAGCGGUCCGGCGAUGACCUCUCUGCGGCUGCUCCGAAGCGCACAAGGGCUUGA